UCCGUGCUAAUGGACUGGAUUCUUGAAACGUCUCUGUCUUUUGUUCUCGUAUAAGCCUAUACAUUUAUUUAAUAAUUUAUAUAUAUACAUGUAGAGUCCGUUCUUCUCUUUGUUCCAAUCUGCCGAACCCAAGUCUGCAAUUUCAUUCAACAGCUAAGGUGUGGAGGGAACCAGGGCUUUGUGGAAAGCAACAUGGCAAAGCAUCAUCCUGAUUUGAUUAUGUGCAGGAAGCAACCUGGAAUUGCCAUUGGACGACUCUGUGAAAAGGAUGAUGGGAAAUGUGUAAUCUGCGACUCCUAUGUGCGCCCCUGCACGCUUGUGCGAAUCUGUGAUGAGUGCAAUUAUGGAUCCUUCCAAGGUCGAUGUGUUAUUUGUGGAGGAGUGGGAAUCUCCGAUGCUUACUAUUGCAAAGAGUGCACCCAGUUGGAGAAAGAUAGGGAUGGAUGUCCCAAGAUCGUCAAUUUAGGGAGUGCCAAGACGGAUCUGUUCUAUGAACGCAAGAAAUAUGGUUUUAAGAAAAGAUGAUAAGCAAUGGGUUUCACCUGUAGUGUUUUUUUUCUGCCAUUGUUCACCAGAAUUCGGCGAGCCCAAAUGUCACUGCCAGUCAUUGUGAAACGCUAUUGAUCUAAUGGACUUGGGUUGUACCAUAACAAUGUCCAGUAUUCUCCUCCUUUUAUUGUCUGACUACUUCAAACCCGGUGUUUUAUGGUCUAAUGAACUUGGAUUGUGUGAGAUGUGAAUUUAGUUUUGGCUACAAACUGUUGGAAGCUUUCAUGUAUUUUACCUGCUCCUCAUUUUCUCGGUUGUUUGAAGGGUAGUCCUUAGAAGUGGCUAGAUGAAUCGAGAUAUCCGAUGUUGAAAGUUUGAUUUUCUCAUUGUUGAGGUGAAGACACGCUUUAGCUUUACGGUCUCCCAAAGUAAUCGUUGAGGUACCUGAUGAUAAUAGAGGUUUUCUGAUGCUUGUCCAUUCAGUUAUUAAAAAGUUGCUGUAGAACAAUUCCAUAUCCUGCGGUGGAGGAAUAGUGAGUACUCUAGGCAGCAGGACUAACACUGAUUUCAGGGCCAAACUACUUACCUGUGCCGACUUUCAUAUCCAAGAGAUCUUCUGCUGGCUAACAUAAGAUGAAUGUUUUUUUAAGAAUCUUAUUCGUGAUUAAUUUGGUUGGUAUUUGGAUUGUAAAACAUGAGGUAACAUUCUGCAGUCGAGCUUCACAUUCGAAGCCAACCAAUGACCAAAGCAAUGAUUUUUAAGGUUUGGUUUAUAGUAUAAUGUCCAGUUAAUCACUCGUCCAUUCAACAUGGCCGUCGACAAGCUAUUCUGAUGUCAUUGUUCUGUCCUCUUCAAUUUCUGCAAACCACGGGUGAUUAGAAUCAGUGCCUUCUUCUUUCUCUCUCCAUCGUCCAGAAUUUACUCUGUGAGCAUAGCUAUAGAGUGCCCAGAAUCUAAAGCAAGGACAGUACAGCAGAUGCCCUUUUCGUUUAUCCUUUUUCUCCAGGUGCAAUUUACUAACCAGCAAAUCUUCCAGAUGGUUUAUCUCUAAUCCAAGGUGUUUAGCAUCAUUUUGUAGCUUCUCACAUAGUGCCCGCAACAAUCCACAAUCACAAGAUCACUUUGUUGCAUUUCCUGCCUUGAUUUGUGUAUAUAUUGUUUGCUUUUUUAGAAAAUAAGGGCAAGUUAUAAUGACAAAUAGGGAUGAGGAGAUUGUUCCAUAUAAAUGGGAGACUCUUCAUGACUGGAGUGUGAAAACAAGCAAAAAUUAUAGGAGGAAUGCAUCAUUAGUCGCUAAUACAGUUUACAGAUGAGAGGAACACAGGCAUGAAGAAAAUAAUUUGUUUUUUAAGCGAAUAUAAAUAGAUUAAUCAGAGCUAAAAAAGGGUCAAACAUAGGCUCAUGUACUGCUAGAUUUUAUAUACGUAGAUGAAGAUUUUAACUUUUUUGUCCCACGAAAUGAAUAUUAAUUACCACAUACUAAAAACACGAAAAAUAACUAGUAAUAAAAGCUUGUGAUUAAGAAGUUUGUUUUUUCUGUAAUUUUAGGUUUGAGUCAUGUGGUUAUUAAUAUAAUGGUCACUAAAGACUUACAUGGUCGUUAACUUCAAGCCCGUAAGAUUAGUAAAGGUACACGCAAACUAACCCGGAUAUCCAUAUUAAUAAAAAAUAUAUAUAUACAAAAACACAUUAAUUUAAAGAUUUCAGUUUUAAUUAUUACCUUAGCAAGAAGACAGAGAGAGAAAAAUUAUAGUAAUAAGAUUUAUUAUAUUCUUUUUAUAGAAGGAAAAAUAUUUAUCAAGAAAAGACAAAAACCUAAUAAUUUCAAAAUUUCUAGAAUCCUUGAACUCCCUAGUGUUCCUUUCUUAACAAAUUGGAAACGACUAGUAGUUUAAAUCUUCAAACUCGCCGACAAAUCAUUACCACAAUACCACAUUGUAUUAUUUGGGUGGACAUCAAUGAUAACUCGGUGAGUUUUGUUCUUGGUUUGACUAUUUAUUUUCGUGGUUUAAAAGUAUUAUUAAAAAUUUUUUCUUUUUUAAAUUAUUUUUUAAUAUUUUAAUAUUAUUUUAAUUCAUUAAUAUUAAAAAUAAAAUUUAAAAAAUAAAAAAUAUUAUUUUUAUAUAUUUUCAAAUAAAAAUAUAUUUGGAGAAAACCGCUAUCAUAAUACCGUAUCAAACGGGCUCUUAGAAUCCUAACCUCGUGUCGUGCCUCGAUUGUUCUCUUACGAGCCCAUCCAGAAAGACUCCUAGCAAAAUUAUCGAAAGCUCCUUUCUCCAGGUUUCCCUCUCUCUGCUGAAAGAGAAGCAACAGAGUCUCAAAUCGAUUCCAGCAGUCACAGGUACACGCAGUAACUCUAAGAUCUUGAAGAGAUCAUGGCCAAGCAUCAUCCUGAUUUGAUUAUGUGCAGGAAGCAGCCAGGAAUUGCUAUUGGACGCCUUUGUGAGAAGUGUGAUGGAAAAUGUGUAAUCUGCGACUCCUAUGUGCGUCCUUGCACACUUGUGCGAGUUUGUGAUGAGUGCAACUACGGAUCCUUCCAAGGUCGAUGUGUUAUUUGCGGAGGAGUGGGAAUCUCUGAUGCCUACUACUGCAAAGAGUGCACUCAGCAGGAGAAGGAUAGGGAUGGGUGUCCAAAAAUUGUUAAUUUAGGGAGUGCCAAAACAGAUCUGUUCUAUGAACGUAAGAAAUAUGGUUUUAAGAAAAGAUGAUGAGCAGUGGAUGACAUCUGUAGUGCCUUUUUUCCUAUCUGGUGCCCGCAAUCUAAAAUGUUGAAACAGUUUUUUAGGUCUUGAGAUUGUAUCUGCUGAUAUUACCUCUAGUUGUGUUGAAAACAAUAUUGAUUACUGAAGUGAAGUUGUUUCUUAAUGCAAUGGACUUGGAUUGUAUUGGAGCAA